UAGGAACCAGUAUAUCGGUGAAUACAGCACAAUUAGACGCGCCUGACCAUUACCACGAGGUUACACAUAGCUGUAGUUUAUGCUAGGUUAUGUAUGCAGGGAGAAUUGCAGUUGCUGUUUGGAAGUGAAAUAUUUUAUGGAGGCUUGGAAGGACGCGGGGGAGCGAGGAGCCGAAGUCGGGAAACUGGAGAUUGCUACAACGUACUGGAAACUACAGCUUCUGCUGGCUACGAGUAACCCACGCGCACGGGACGGGGUGGAAACAUGGCCGCGAAUGGCAACAAUUUAACAUCUGGGAUGGGAGAAAUUAUCCAACUGAACGUUGGUGGGACACGGUUCAGCACAUCUAGACAGACUCUCAUGUGGAUCCCAGACUCUUUCUUUUCAAGUUUGCUGAGUGGGAGAAUAUCAUCUCUACUGGAUGAAACUGGAGUUCACCUGCUUUCAAUAUACUUUGUACUAUAUACAAUAUACUCUGUACAGUUACCUGUACAUUGUGCAUCACUGUGUGUGUCCAGGCAGUUAGUCAAGUACUAUGGAAAGUACUAUGUUAUGUUUCCAGGUGCUGUGGUGGAUCCUAGGAAGGUGCUGAUUGUAGCUGGACAUCAUAACUGGAUCGUAGUGGCUUAUGCACACGCUGUCAUCUGUUACAGGAUAAAGGAGUCAUCAGGGUGGCAGCAGGUGUUUUCUAGCCCCUAUCUGGACUGGUCCAUUGAGAGAAUCGCUCUCAACGCCAAGGUGGUAGGCGGUCCCCAUGGCGAUAAGGACAAGAUGGUGGCAGCCGCCUCCGAUAGCAACAUCAUCCUCUGGAGCAUCCAGGACGGAGGUAGCGGCAAUGAGAUAGGUGUGUUUAGUCUGGGUGUACCAGUAGAUCAUCUAUUCUUCAUUGGGAACCAGCUUGUGGCCACCAGUCACAUGGGGAAGGUGUGGGUCUGGAACGCUGUCACACAGCAUUGGCAGGUGCAAGAUGUAGUUCCCAUCACCAGCUGUGACACAGCUGGCUCCUUCCUGCUUCUGGGUUGCAACAACGGAUCCAUCUACUAUAUAGACAUGCAGAAGUUUCCUUUGAGGAUGAAGGAUAAUGAUCUGUUGGUGACAGAACUGUACCACGACCCAUCUGACGAUGCCAUAACUGCCCUCAGUGUCUACUUCACACCCAAGACCAGUGUGAGUGGUAACUGGAUAGAGAUGGCGUAUGGGACCAGUUCUGGAGCAGUGAGGGUUAUAGUCCAACACCCUGAGACAGUAGGCUCUGGACCUCAGCUCUUCCAGACCUUCACUGUCCACCGUUCCCCUGUCACCAAGAUCAUGCUCUCUGAGAAACACCUGGUCUCAGUGUGUGCGGACAACAACCAUGUGCGUACGUGGACAGUGACGCGGUUCCAAGGCAUGAUCUCCACGCAGCCUGGCUCCACCCCCCUAGCCUCCUUUAAGAUCCUCUCAUUGGAGGAGACUGAGAGCCACGGCAGCUACUCAUCAGGCAAUGACAUUGGUCCAUUUGGGGAGAGAGACGACCAGCAGGUGUUUAUAGAUGCACUAUUGUAA